UAUGACGCUAUGCUAGACGCCGCCCUCCCUACUUUCUUCCUCAAGCCUUCGGCCGACAAGAUCAAGCACCACGAGUCCUUCUACUUCACCCAGCAUGGCUCUGACCCUGAGGCUGCAUACGCCCUGACGAGCGUGGAUCCCGCCUCGCAAGCCGCUCGCAACACCUACGCCGUCGCUCUAUUCGACUCCCAUAACCCAGAAAUCUUGUACGGCGAGGUUCUGUCCAAGCCAGGGUGGUCACAACCUAGCUUGUCGCAAGACGAGAUACGCAGGAACGGUGGCGCCCAACCCCCUCCACAGCCCAUUUUCCCCUCCGAGUUCGCCAUCCAGCUCUACAACCCCGACCAACAGGUUCUCGUGAAACAACUGUCGACAAAAUGGAGUGGCUCCACCUCAUAUGAGUUCAGCAUGCCCCAAACCACGUUUCGCACCCCGAGUUCGUCAGCCCUCGAUCGCAGCCAGAACGACCCCGGCGCCGACGCUUCGACACCCCAGAUCAACUUUGCCUGGCGCAAGGAAGGUCGUCUGGGCAAGGACAUGACGUGCUAUCUCACGGGCAAGUCAACCGAUCCCACGGGCAAAAAAGCAAAGAAGCACAGGGAGCCCGACAUUGCCAUCGCCAUGUUUACUGGCCUGAAGGAGAUGACGAUUCUCGAGUCCAAUUUACACCGGGUGGAAAUGGAGGACUACAAAGGACUUGAGGUCGUCAUCAUGCUGAGUGCAGCCGUCAUCCGGGAUCUCUUCUUCACCAACCCCAAGGAAGCAUACCACAUAAUCGACCCGUAUUCGCGGAAGAAUAGCGGCGGUGCCAGGGGCAGGAAAGGCUCCUCUCCACUUGAACCAUCCGGCAUCACGCCUCCCGUCAUGACCCCCCAGCCAGCAUCCCAGCAAUCACAGCAACUGCAACGUCCCCCGCCGCAGCCUGUGCAGGCCAACGGCUUGUACAAUCUUCCGUCUCGCACCGCGGCCAAGCGAACUUCCCUAUCGCCACUGCAGACCGGCGGUCAAACUGCACCGCCACUGGAUCCCCGAAGCCAGUGGGAGAUCGACGCAGAAACACAACGACUCAAAGCGCAGGUAGAAGCCGAGGCGCGAGAACAAAAGCGCCAAGCCGAGAUCCGCCGCAAACAGCAAGCAGAGGAAGAGGCACGCAAAACACGCAAGUUUCUACAAGAAGAAGAACGCAAGACACACGAGGCGGAAAAGGAGCGGAGGCGACGUCAGGCCGAAGUCGACAAGGAAACCGAGCGGUUGCGCCGUCAAUUCGGAGAUCAGAGCGGACUUCUUCCUCCAGCCCACCCACAGCAGCGGCACUCUUCGCCUCAUCUACCGAAUCAGCACCGCUACAGCCCAUCCGCUCCAUCGGCGCCUGCAUCGUCCCCGGCCCUCUGCAUCUCAAAGCACAUUUUUCAGCAACGGGCUGCCUAAGCC